UAGUUAAAGUUUUACACUUAGUUUACCUCUUCUAAGAAUUAUUUUAUAUCUUUAUUUUAUAGAUAACAAAGAAUGUCCUUGGAUGAAUAUGACGGAUCCGAUAUGGAGUUAGAUUCUGACUCUUCUUCCGAAAGAUAUUACAAUUAUAAAGACACGGCUGCACAUAAUCUGUGUUCAAAAUCAUCAAAUUUUUCAAUUAUGAAUGAGAAUAAAGAUAAAUUAUUAGAUAACGAUAGAAAAUUUUUUUCAACAUCACUCUCACCUCAAAGUGAAAACGGUUCCUUACAAUCUUCUAACAAUAGAAGUGAUCAUAUUAAUGAAUUCGGUACUAAACCAUCUGUCAAUUCGACGGUAUCAUCAAAAAAAAUAUCUUGUGCACAGCCUCAACCUCCUUCUCCUCCAUUUAAUUUCCAAGGGUCUAAAUUGCCUUCUUGCCCACUUCCGGAAAACACUAUGAAUAACCUUUCCAAAACAUAUUCCUCACCUCCUUUAUCUAAUACAUCUUCUCAAGUUACUUUAUCGACUUCAUCUAAACAAACGAAUGGAUUUUUUUUGAAAUCUUCAAUGAAUAAAUCACCUACAAAUAAUAAUGUUAAUAAUGAACCGACAAAAUUAGAAAAACAUGAUAAAAUUAAAUUUGAAUUAAAGAGUACUGGAUAUAAAAAUAGGUUAUUAUCUCAAGCAGAUAAACAGUCAUUUAAUACAUCAGCAAAAAACAUUUUUAAACUAAGUAACAAUGUCGACAUGAUGAAUGCAAAUGAUACGAAUUUAGUUAAAGAGUCUACUUUCAUGAAUAAAUCCUCAUCAUUGCCGGCCAAAGUAUCGAAUUUAUUUUAUAUUAAGUCCGAAAAAGAUAAUAAACGAGUAAUAGAUGAUAGGUUUAAAGAAGGUGUUAAAAAUCAUGUAGCUGAAGAAAAACAGUCACAUAAGCAAGUUAUUAUUGAAAAUCCUUUAGGAAAAUCUGAUGUAAAUACUAUAGUAGUAAAAAAAGAUCUGAAUAAACGAUCAAUUAAUAGUUCUAAAAUAAUUAAGAAAUAUUCUGCAAUUGUAAAAAGAAAUUUUGUCCAACAAAAUCAAUUAUUUAACAAUAAUUCUACAAAUGAAAACUCGGGAAAAAUUAGUGAAAAACAACAAGAACAAGUUAAUGACAAGAUUGAUGAUAAUAAUUUAACACUAUUAGUUAAAGAUUCUGUGGUCUUAAAAAAAGGUCAAGAUCCAGAGAAGAAUCAAUUUGAUAAUAAUGAUCCCAAAAUACAAGAAAUUGUGCAGAAAGAACAAGCUGAAAAUCCUAAAGAUAUAUUUCAAAACGCGGAGGUACAACUUAAGAAUGUUGAUGUUGUUGAGAAACCUGUGGAUUUAAUACAAAAUUUAACUAGAGAUGAUGCUGUUAACAAGAUUAAUAAUAACGAGGUUCAAGUUAUGGAUAUUGAUAAUGACGAUAAUAAAAGUACUGAAUAUCCUAGUUUGUCAACAAUUAAUACGGAGGAGGAUAAAAAUGAUAUUAUGGAAUUAGAUCAAGUAAACAUGUCUGAACAAGAUCACAAAAAUAAAGAUGAAAAUAUAACUUCCAAAAUGGAUAUAAUAGAAAAAAGUGAAGAAGCAUCUGAAAAAAUGGAAAAUGAAAAAGAGAAAAAUGAUGAAUUAGAGACUCAAGUUUCACCUAAAAUUAAAGACAAAGGAAAAAAGGUAGCCAUAUCCGCUGAUAAAGUUACAAAAACUACAAACCAGGCAGAUGCGUCUUCAAGCAAACCUACUGAAACUGAAAUGACUAGUCAAGAACCUGAGACUAGUCACACAGAUCUUCUUACUAAUUUGAUGACUCAAUUUACAAAUCAGAUAAAUGAGACUUCUCGUCAAACAAAUCAAUAUAAUGUUGCAGAGACUCAGUCUAACGAAAUUCAAAGGCCAUUCAACCAUAUAAUUCGACCAACUGAUCAGUCAACUAGUCAUGUCACACAAUCACCUCAACCUGAAGGAACAGUGAUUAAGAUAGAUCCUCCUACUACUUACAAGUGGGAUAUGAUAGCUAAUAUGCUCGGUAUCGCUGAUAUGAACAGACAAGAUGAUAAUGAAAACAGGGGCAAAAACAAUUCGGAUGAGGAAAAAGCUGAUUUGGAAAAUAGAGAAAAUGCACGAGAAGUGGAGACAUCAUCUGAAAUAGAAUUCGACGAGGAAGACAUGGAUGUACCCUCCGACGAUCCAGACGAUAAGAAUUUUAAGUGCAGGUCAACGAUCUUGAAACAACCAAAUCCAAAAAGGUGGCAUAAUACAAGAAGUAAUAGGCCACCUAGUGCUAAUCUUCGUCAACGAACGAAAGUUGAUCCUGAUUCUUCUAAUAUUUCAACUACACCCACUACAUCAAACAGCCCUUCAAAGAAGAAACAAUCUCAAACCUCCUCUAAAAGGACAUUAAGAACAAGAAAAGGGGAAGAUGAAGGGGACGAUAUUACCACUACAUCUAACCCCCAGAAACACUUGGAUCUUGAUAAAUAUUAUGAAGAUGGAAGACCACGAAGGCCAGCAAAUGGGUUUAGUUUCUUUUGUGGAGAUAUGUGUGCAAAAGUAAGGAAUGAAAAAUUGCCUAUCAGCGGUACAAUAGCAUAUGCUGCCGAAAUAUGGAAAAAGAUGUCGAAUGAGGAGAAAAGACCUUGGUUAGAGAGGGGUGAAAAGUCGAAAAGUGAAUACCAAGAUUUAUUAAUUAGAUGGAAAGAAGAACAAGAAGAAUUGAAAAACAGUGGUGUAAAAAGAACGGUAUCACCAAAGGCAACAAGUGUUUUCUCAUAUAAAAAACCUCGUAAUGACGAGCACAAAUAAGUUGUCAGUUAGUAAUAUUAUAUAAUGUACAUUUUGGUAUUUUAUAUCUUAUGUUAUUUAAUAUAAGAUGUAGGUAGAAAUUGAAUUAAUAAACUGAAUAUUUUUGAUUUGGCUGUUAAGAAUAUAUUGUAAACAAAUCAAAAUGUAAUAUGUGCAUAUUAUUUAUUCCUGCAAGCCCCUCUUUUUUCUCGACUAUAAAAUAAAUAUACACUAGAUGAAAUAACGUACAAUAAAUUGUCAUUAUAUUAAACAAAUAGAUAGUCCUUAAGAUAC